AUGUCAAAUCUAGUAAUUGAUUCAGAUGUCAGAACAUAUCGCUUUAAACGCAAGAAAUAUCCUUUCUUCAUGAACACAGAUGCUUCAAUGUGGUCAUUUCAACGUUUUUAUUCUACUAUCAUUCACUCUGGAGACGCACCAAAUACAUUCAAUGAAAUUCACAACAACUGGACCGCCAGCCUGAAAUUUAUUAUGAAGCAAAAAAGUGUCCCAGAAUCAAUUGUGAAUUUUGUGAGAGAGCUAAUUGAAUUCAAUAGCUCUAAGGAAUUUGAGAAUUUACGGGAUGUCUUUGAGCAGGACUUCUAUGCACACGUGCUUGCAACAAUUUCUAGCGAGUCAAUGAUAAAGAGCACAAUGACAAAAGGUUAUAUGAUGCAGACGAAUGAAAUCUUAAACAGUACAUUAGGAAAGCAAGGCAAGAAAAAUGAGGAAGACGAGGAUGCAAUGCAGGACUCUAAUAAAGUGCAUAGUGAUGAUGAAUUUACGGAAAUAAGUCCAACACGCAAAAAUAAUCUUAAAAGGAAAUUAGAAAAUGACGAAUUACCAGGUUACGAUAGACUAGCAUUUCUUUUUAAUGAUUCGAAUGAAGAUACAAUUAUAAAUAAAAUUGAUGAAAAUACACUCGAAGAUGAAAUAAAAUUGCCGCAAGCGAGUGAUAAUAAGAGUUUUCACAUAAGUUUGGUGUCUCUUUAUGAUUAUGAAAGUCUUCAUGGAUGUAAAGAAAUUACAGAAAACAAUUUACAACAGUUAUCUCAAGAUUUCGCUGAUCAUAUCAAAUGGAAAUGUGAACCGGUCCCAAGAGAUAUUCAGGAUUACUUUGAUAGUAGUUGCGAAAAACUUGACAAUAGUAAUGAAAAUAAAGAACUAAAACAUUUUGAUACCAAUGUACAAUUUU